GAGAAGAACCAGUUAUUUUCCUGCUAAAAUCAUGAUGGAAGCAGAACAGCAGCAACAGCCAUGGAAGACAGAUUUUUACUUGGAAUUGCCAAAAGUGGAACUUCAUGCCCACUUGAAUGGAUCCAUUAGUUCUAAUACCAUGAGGAAAUUAAUAGCCAAGAAGCCAGAUGUCAAAAUUCAUGAUCAGAUGACUAUGAUUGACAAGGGAAAGAAAAGAACUUUAGAAGAAUGUUUCCAGAUGUUUCAAAUUAUUCAUCAGCUUACUACUAGCCCUGAAGAUAUUCUAAUGGUCACAAAAGAUGUCAUUAAAGAAUUUGCAGAUGAUGGUGUCAAAUACCUGGAACUAAGGAGCACACCCAGAAGAGAAAAUGCUACUGGAAUGACUAAAAAGACUUAUGUGGAAUCUAUACUUGAGGGUAUAAAACAGUCAAAACAAGACAACUUAGACAUUGAUGUUAGGUAUUUGGUAGCAAUCGACAGAAGAGGUGGUCCCUCAGUAGCCAAGGAGACUGUUAAACUUGCUGAAGAGUUUUUUCUUUCUACUGAGGGUACAGUUCUUGGCCUUGACCUCAGUGGAGACCCUACUAUAGGACAGGGAGAAGACUUCUUGGAACCUCUUUUAGAAGCUAAAAAAGCAGGUCUGAAGUUGGCAUUGCAUCUAUCAGAGAUUCCACAACAAAAGAAAGAAACGCAAAUGCUCCUGAGUCUGCUUCCUGACAGAAUCGGGCAUGGAACAUUUCUCCACACCUCUGAAGGAGGAUCCCCGGAUCUGGUGGACUUUGUGAGGCAACACCAGAUACCACUAGAACUCUGUUUGACUUCAAACAUCAAAAGCCAGACCGUUCUGUCUUACGACCAGCACCAUUUUGGAUUCUGGUACAGCAUUGCCCAUCCUUCUGUGAUUUGUACCGAUGAUAAGGGUGUUUUUGCAACACACCUUUCUAAAGAGUACCAACUGGCAGCCGAAACAUUUAAUUUGACCCAGUCUCAAGUGUGGGAUCUGUCCUAUGAAUCUAUCAACUACAUCUUUGCUUCUGACGGCACCAAAUCUGAACUGAGGAAGAAGUGGAAUCAUCUGAAGCCUGAAAUGUUAAAUUUUUUUUAAGCUAUAAUAAGGUGAACUACUUUUGAGUAUGUGUUGUGACCAAGAUGUCCCUGCCAUAUCCCACUUAGUAUACCAUCCACCACUCCCUUUGAAGCAUAGUACCAUGGACUCCUUCACCAGCACCUUAUAUGUGACAGGUGCUCAGUAAAUAUGUCUUAAACUGACUAGCAGGCUCUAAGGUCUUGCAUAACUUACCUCCAUGCUGCUUACUGGAAGGGACUUCGGUGUUGUUGCUAACUAAAUUCCCCAUUCCACUAGUGAUUUUUUUACCUUAGCAGUUCCUCCCCAUUAGUGAUCGUAAAACUUCAAGGAAUUCAGAGUAAUUUCUCAUCAGAAAGUUUUGGGGUUACUAGUCUAUGGUAAGAAGAGAGGGGAAAACAGAUUGCCACCAAGACCUUUAAGCCUUCUAGCUUGUGACAACAGCUCUGUAUUUUGUUGUGCUUACUUUAAUCAGAUUCCCUUCACUUGCUUUAACUCUUUAAGUAUUCUCCAAGACUGUUGACACCAGGUUACGUUAAACACCAUGGAUUUGUGUGGGUGCCCAGUAGUCAGGGUUAAUCUAUUUUGUGUGACUCAUGACAGAUAAAGCUAGUUUCUGAAGUCUAGCUUUGCCCUUCUUGUGAUUGUUCUGUCGAUACUAGAAAGGGAUUGAAGUCUUUGCUUCAGUUUAGAAAUGAAAAGAGUGAGAGAAUAGCUCACCAAGGUGUGGGAAAGACAGAGCUGCUGCAGCUUCUAUUUUUAAAAUAGCUUCUAUCCCUUUAGCUUUUUCUUUGUGGAGGAUGCCAAGAUUUCCACCCCAGUAUUCACUUUAUCCUCAUUCCAAAAGGUCCUCUAGGAGUGGCAACAUCAUGGUAACUAGGUUCUUUGGGUCUCCUAUAACCCCACCCCUACACGAUGGAAACUGGUGCAGGCUUACAUAAAACUCACACACAUACCAUGACCACUUCAGCUGAAGACAAGGGACAAACUAAGAUCAGUUGUGAAUGGUAAGAAAAAUAAUUUAUUAGAUAUUAAGGUAUGCUUGAAUUGUUUUGCUGCAUAUAAUGUAUAUUUUUCCCUGUUAUCAGGAAGAAAAAACUGAUGAUACCCCUAAUUUCAAUUACUAAAGGUUUCUGAUAAGUUU